CGACGAAAGGACCUCUCGGGGAAGUAAACAGACAGAAAUGCAUCUUUAAUUAACAUCGCUGCUAUCGAUUUAAGCGAUGAAAGUAUCUCUUUGUGUGUAACAGGUUGUAAAUAUUGGUGUUUUUAUGGUGAUGGCAGAAGAUAAUGAGCUGGAAAAGCGCGCUGUGGAGGAGCUGCUCAGGGAGACCGACAGAGCCCGGGUGAGAGCAGAGACCAUGGGCCCUGCAGGAUGGUUGAAAUGCCCUUUGCAGGGCACCAACAAACGCUUUCUCCUCAACACGCUGCGUUCCACGGACCUGCAGCGGCGCUCUGAUGGGUCGAGAGGCAGACGCUCCGACGACACAAGAGGACGAACGAGGAGCGAGUCCCCGGACAGGCGCCGUGCCCGCAGCAGGUCGCCACAAGCAGAUCCAAGGAAUGAUGGAAGCCGCAAAGAGCGAAAACGCUCUCCUCCUCCACACAGGGAUAAGAGGCUGGACAGAGAUAAAGAUGAACAGCGCAGGCACAGGCAAGACAGGAGGAAAAUCCACAAAGAUGGACGGAAAAGAGAGAAAGACAGACGGAUACAGACUUCAUAAGCGGUCUGGAUUUGUUUGGGGAGAGGUGGUGGGUCUCCAGAGCCAUCUGAGGAUUAAAAAACAUGUAGAACUGGUGUUAUAGAGAAUGUGAGAUCUACGCACAUUUUUCCUUAAUGAGAGGAGCUUCAGAGUUUCAGACAUGUUUUAAGUUAAAAAUAAUUAAGGUUGUCAUUUUUAUUUUAUUUUUUUAUUUGGUUUUGUUAACAUUAAUUGACAUAUAUCCUUUUUGCCCUUCUUUGAAAUGUGAAGAAAUAAAAAGCUCAAACUGCCUUUA